AUGGCAACAGAAGAACCAGUACCACCAGCAAGUCCGACGAGGAAGGCCCACACUUUCGCUUGCGUCCGCUGCUCGGAGAGAAAGGUCAAGUGCGAUCGUCAGGAGCCUUGCGUUGCUUGUGUGCGCCAUAGCGCAGAGUGUAUCUUCAAAGCGCCCAAACCGCCACGUCGGCGGAAGAACUAUUCCAAGGAGGAAACUGUAGAGCAACUGAAGCGUUACGAGACAUUACUUCGCGUUAACGGCAUAGAUCCAACUUUGAAAGAUCAUCCUUUAGGUCCACACCAGACCUCAGAGGAUUCCGUCAAGGAUGGAUCGCCGCCGAUGGUCUCCCCUCAAUCCGUUGAGCAGGCAAUCAGUCAAAUGCCCACACCGGCAUCCGUGAGUUCCGAUGUGAGGUCCUCCUUCAAGCCACAGUUGCUGCAGGGCCAGAAUGGGAUGAAAUUUGUCGACAAUAGCUUGUGGUCUCGAGUUGCUCAAGAGAUCCGGGAUGGUGGAGUCUCACUGGAGGACGACUCCGACUCUUCACAUGAGGGCAGCGAUACUGAAGCGCCUCAUCCAGAUUUCAUAUCGGUUUUCAGCCACGCCUCCCCGGUCGUGGCCCCGACUCAUCCAUCGCCUCCAGAAAUUCGGCGGUUAUGGACGCUCUUCGCCGAAAACGUCAAUCCAAUAUUCAAGUUCAUCCACAAUCCUACCUUCUCGAAAGCUCUUGAGAAGGCUAUUGCGAACAUUGAUCGCGUUCCUCGCGGCUUUGAGGCGCUCAUGUUCAGCAUCUACGCUACGGCCGUUAUCUCUCUUCCAGCCGAAGACUGCAGAGAUGAAUUUGGCGCGAGCAAAACUAGUCUAAUCAAUCGCUACGUAUCAGCCACUCAGAAUGCCUUGCUCCGGGCGAAGUUCAUGGGCACGACGAGCCUGGUCGUUCUACAAGCGCUGCUGCUACACCUGGUAGCUAUUCGAGAAUCCUCUGAGCCGAGAGCUGUGUGGAACUUGACAGGAUUAGUGAUCCGCAUAGCAGAAGGUAUGGGCAUGCGCAUUGAUGGCAAAAAGCUCGGCCUGCCUCCAUUUGAAGUCGAGAUGCGACGCCGUUUAUGGUGGCAGCUUUCCGUCCAUGAUUUUAGGUGCGCUGAAAUGGCCGGACAGGCUAAGUUCAGAUCUGUCGAUGCUGAUAAGGGCGCGCCAGAGCCACCCACGAAUUGCGACGACUCAGCACUUUGGCCGGGCAUGACGCAUGCACCUGAAAACGCAACGGGAGCGACUGAGAUGUUAUGGGUCAUGUUCCGAACCGAAUUGUCGGGAUUCGCGAAAGGCCAGAUAGCUCGGAUGAAGAAGGCGGGCAUCAAGGACGAUGUCACGCCAGAAGAGUUCCUGAUCAUGGAUGACCUCGACCAUAAGGAUCGGCUGGUGAAGCAGGUUGAGGAGGUCAUGGAGACUCGAUAUCUGCGGUAUUGUGAUCCGACACAACCACUACAUCUGUUCACCCUGCUGGGUACACGAGGCGCCAUCAAACUCAUGAAAUUCAUGUGCCAUCAUCCUCGAAGAUGGGCUCAUCUCGAUCACGUCCCAGAAGAGGAAGUGCAACUCAUCUGGGAUUUGACCAACGGCAUCUUGGAAUAUUAUCACGCAAUGCAGACCAAUCCGAGCAUACGGCGUUUCAAGUGGACUGUGUCGUACUUCAUUCAAUGGCAUGCUGUUAUCCACGUGCUCGAUACACUACGAACAACACCGAUGCGAGAAGGCGCAGAAAAGGCAUGGACGCUGAUUGACUCGAUCUACGAGCUCAAUACUCACAUGAUGUUGAGCACCCAUCGGCCGGUGUUCAUGGCUGUAGGUAAUCUCUGUUUGAAAGCGGUCGAGUCGCGUGAGCAGGCCUUGGAGAAGGAGGGCAGACCGAAGCGAGAUGGCCCGCUUAUGUGGAUAAACUGCGCCAGCAGCGUCAAGCAGCGAAAGUGCGGCGAGAAGCCGCUACCACAGCGAAAGGAAGAGAUGGCAAGCCGAUGCCGCUCGACGAACUUGCGAGGGCUACGAACCCAGCAUAUGGCAACGCCCCCAAGACUAGCGCUGCGGGAGGCAUGGAAGCUCCAGGCGACCGCCAACGAACAAUCCCAGCACGAGUUACACAACCCAAAUCCGGCAUCAUGGCAAGCUUACAAUGCGCACUCUGUGGGCUCACUCAUGCAACAGACAUCCUUCGACACCGGUCCCUGGCCAGACCUCGCCAGUGCCACCGCUGGCCAGCCUCAAAAUUUUGAUCAAUUCAAUGACAAUUUCCUCAUGAACCCAGGCCUACAGCCCAGCAUGAGUAUCGAUACUGAGAUGCAAGAUGCGUCCUACUUCGAUGCAGACGCGAUCCUUGCGCAGGGAUACUCUCUGGACACGCCAAACGGGCAGGUAGUUGAUUGGGCACAGUGGGACAACUUUUUUGGGACGACAACGGGGCCGACAUUGGGAGUGGGGGCCGCGAGUGGUGUUGGCUGGGAUAUGGGUCCUGCCCAUCCUGGAGGCGGAGGACACGUUGGAUGA